UUUAGAUAGACACAUGAGACAUUCAGGGCUUAUAGUCAAUAAGGAGACGCUUAGAUUUAAGAGUAAAACAUCAUCGGAAAUGUUCAUCCACACCAGGUAUUAUAGGUUUUAGUUUUCCUUUCAAAUUCAAAUAAUUGUGUUUUCUCUUUUUUUGUCAAUGCACUUCCUCAGAUUCUUGUAUGAACAGGAAACUGUGCAGCGGAAGUACAUGUUGUGUAAAGGAAGACCUACUCACUACUAGUAAAGAGUUUCUAGUUAUCAUUAUUUUCGUUUUUGUCGGCAGUAUUUCUCAGAGAUGGUUAAAUGGAUUUUCAUGAAACUUUCAGGGAUACUAGAAAAUAAAAUUGUCUAGAGGAUUUCACGAUAACUGCGGGACUGUACUUCGCACAUGCGCAUAAACGCUUCCGGACGGCAACAUCCGCGUUCCAUUGUAUGUUUAUAUUGGCAACAAAUCAUGGUCAUUCAGUGCGUUGUAUUUAAAUGCUCGAACCGACAAGGAAGUAAAGCAAAAGAGAAAGGUGUAAGUUUUUUCAGAUUUCCCAACGACAGAAGAAAGCGAGCCGCAUGGAUCAAGACAAUAAACAGAAAUAAUUGGGCCCCAAAUGAGAACAGUAGGGUAUGCUCUGAGCAUUUUGUUGAUUCUUGGCAUAGUGACGACCCCACGGACAUCAACUAUCGGCCGACUUUGUUUUCGUAUAAGACAAGGGAACCAUCCGAGACACAGGCUGCUCGAGAGGAAAGACACAGUAAAAGGAAUUUACUUCAGGAAAUCAACGAGACGGAUAGAACAGAGAGACUUUUGAUGCAGAAACACCACGACUUCAGUCUGUACUCACAUAGCUAUUAUACAUCACAACCCGACUGUCUACAAGACAUCAACAACAACAAUGAUGAGAAUAUGAUUCUUGAUGAUGUUGAUAUAAAGACUUUGAAAGAUGAAGGUGUACAGUGUGACCCUGACCCUCUGCUACAGGAGAACCUUGCCUUGAAGAAGGAGUUAGACGACCUCAAGAGAGAACGCUCCAGAUACAUUUGGAAUGUAGAGAAGAUUGCCAACGAUGAUGCCAAGACAAAGUUUUACACUGGGCUGCCUUCUUUUGCAGUGUUUAUGUGGCUUUUCAACUUCAUGAAACCAAAGGCAGAGAGAAUGAGGUACUGGAUUGGCUCCAACACAUACCUGACAGCAGACAGACAGAGGAAAUCUAAGGGGUCAUUGGAGCUGGUUGACCAGUUACUUGCUGUCCUUCUUAGACUUAGACUAGGACUGUUUACCUCUGAUAUUGCCCAUAGAUUUGGUAUAUCAGAGAGUACUUUUUCCAAAUAUUUUGCCACCUGGAUUUCUUCACUUGCAUGUGAACUGAAAUCUUUAAAUCCAUUUCCUGCACGUGAUAUCAUCGACAGAACAAUGCCAUUAUCUUUUAAAUCAAAGUAUUCAUCUGUUCGAGUUAUACUCGACUGUACAGAACUUUUUAUACAGAAGUCCUCUAGUCUUGUAAAUCAGAGUAUGACAUUUUCUAACUACAAACAUCAUACAACUGUGAAAUUUCUUGUUGGCAUCACACCAUCAGGUGUUAUUUCUUUUAUAUCUGAAGGUUGGCCAGGUAAGGUAUCUGACAGAGAACUGACAAUUAAUUCAGGUAUUAUAGAUCUGUUAGAUGAAAAUGACAGUGUUAUGGCGGACAAAGGUUUUACGAUAAGAGAUCUGUUGGAAAAUAAAAAAUGUAAUUUGAACAUUCCUCCAUUCAGAGGUGCAUGUCCGCAAUUUUCAACAGAUGAAGUUUUCAAAACACAGGAGAUAGCCUCAUUAAGAAUACAUGUAGAGAGGAGUAUAGGUCGAGUUAAAAACUUCCAUAUUUUGGAUGGUGUUAUGCCUAUAACUUUGCAACCAUUAGUCACUAAAAUUUUCCAGGUGAUUUGUUGGCUAACAAAUCUUGAUGUGCCAUUAAUUACAAAUUAAUUUCCAUUUAUGUACAUGAGUGUAUUUUUAUAGGAAGUGCUGCUUUAAUUGAUUUCAGACUGAUGAAAAUGACAAAUUGUAAUUCAAAUGAUUUCAAACUAAUUAUUCUGAUUGAAGUCAUGUCAACAUAUUUUUUAUUUUUGGAAUUUGAUAAUUAGGAGAACAAAACAUUUAUGGUGGAACAUGUCAAAGGGAAAACGAUUCUUAUGCUUCAUUUAAGUGAUCAGUAAACAACUCUACUUUUGUACAUAUGUUACACGUUUCUUGUUCAUGUAUAUUUAUAAACCAUGCUUGCCAUAUUUAUGGUGUGAUUCCAGUUGGUUUGUGAUUGGCAAAUGAAUAUUUUUUAGUUUAAUGUAGAAAUCCAUUGCUAUCUGAUAAAAAUGACACUUGCAGUCAUUUGAAACUGUUCUUCAAAGAUAUUGACACUUGUUUAUACAUUUGGGAUAGAUUAUAUGAAAUAAUUUCUUUCAAAACUUAAUUAAUUAUUGAUUAAUGAAUUAUUGAUUAUGCAUGUUGAUCAUUGCAUGAUUUGGCAUUUGUAUACUGUACAACAAACAAUGAUAUGUGUGGUUAUCUAAAUCAAAUUUUAAAAUAUCAAUUGUCUUUCCUGUCAGAAGUGCAUACUAUAUAUAUAUAUAUAUAUACACAAGUAUGAUGAAAUUUCAA